AUGGAACAAUUUUUUGAUGCCGCAUCAUACUACCAACACAUCAAGUCUCUUUCCGACCAACUCUCCAAUGUCGAUGCACCUGUUUCUAACGAACGUAUGGUGCUUCAACUUGUCUCCGGUCUCUCUGAUGAUUAUGCUAUUGUCGGGUCUCAAAUCCGCCAUUCUAAUAUUCUUCCUCCCUUUUACAAAUCUCGUUCUAUGGUUGUUUUGGAAGAAAUGGAAUGUGCAAAACGAACGAAAAUUACCGCUGUCAAUUCCACUUUUUUAGUCGCUCAGGAAGAGAACAACUCAGAUUAUUCAUCUUCUCAUCGUCCCAACCGCAACUACAGCAACAACAAUGGAGGUCGCGGUGGUCGUGGAGGUUCUAGACAUAAUCGUGGUAGUCGAGGUCGCGGACGAGGAGGAGGUCGAGGUGGACGAUUUCAUAACUAUCAACAAGGAUCAUGGCAGCAAACACAGAUAUCACAGCAUCAAUGGGCCACUCCUUGGAAUGCACAGUGGCAGUCGUGGGCUAUUCCCCCUUGCCCUUAUCCUACAACCGGCAAUUGGCAAAGACCAUUAGCUCCAACUCGUCAGUCUAGUAUAUUGGGAGCAAUACCACAACAAGCACAUGUUGCUGCAACUCAGUCAUCAUAUGCACACACGUGGUAUAAGGCGCCUUGGGCCGAAGGUUUGGAUUGGCCCAAUUAG